CUAAAGUGUUGUUGUGUGGGUAUGCCGCGGUAGGUUGUCAGAUGAUAAUUUGCACAACGAAAGUAAUAAAUGAGCAAUGUUUAAUUAAUUUUGGGCGUAAAUUUUGCAACGUGUUUGUUAUAAAUCAAUUACACGGUCAGGCCAAGUGCUUUGCUUAAGUUCCACAUAUUUAUAGUAAAGGUGUAUACAUAUAUUUUUUUUGCGAAUAUGAAAUGUCUUUUGGCUUUGUUAAAAAAAUACUACAGUGGCCAAUUAAUUAUUGAAAAUAUCGUAAACCUAUUAGUAUGAAACCUAAACUAAAUGCAAAGUACGGUUUUAAUUAAAUUACAAAUUGGUGUAACUUAUUAGUUAGUAAAAGUUAUAGCAUUAGUGGUUUGGAGAGCGUAUACGAAGAACUUAAAUAAUCUAUAAUUGACUGGUGUUUGCAUUGCGUUGUAAAGAAUACUACAUAUUAAUUUUGUUUUAAAUAUGGCUGAGGCGGCAGCGAAUGAGCAAAUUCAUGGUUAUCAUGAUAACGACUCAAGUGAUACAUGCCAUUUACGUAUUAUAAUCAUUAAUGGAAAAUCAUUAGCAAAAAAGGAUAUAUUUGGGGCAAGUGACCCAUACGUAAGGAUUGAUUUAAAUACAAUUAAUGGUGAUAUAAAUAUAGAUUCCGUUUUAACGAAGACCAAAAAGAAGACACUCAAUCCUACCUGGAAUGAAGAAUUCGUAUUCAGGGUCAAACCUUCCGAGCACAAAUUAGUGUUUCAAGUAUUUGACGAAAAUCGCCUAACACGUGAUGACUUUUUGGGCAUGGUUGAAUUAACGCUCAAUAAUUUACCUACAGAGCAAGAAGAUACCACUAUAAGCCCACAAACUUACUCACUAAGACCGAGAAGGUCAGUAGGCAGCGCAAAGUCACGGAUAAAAGGCACACUAGAGAUAUAUCAUGCAUUUAUACAUGAAACAGGGGAGACCAGUGAAAGUGACACCGUUGACGGAGAGUGGGAGCAUAUGGAAACAGUCUCACGGAUGAGCGGAACUCCAACGAGUCAAUUUCCAUCCAGUGUUAAUCACGAGCCAUUACCGUCGGGCUGGGAGGAAAGGCAAGACGCAAACGGAAGAACGUAUUAUGUUAAUCAUACUGCACGGACUACCCAGUGGGAACGCCCAUUAGUCUCAGCAACUAACAACAGUAAUGUUAACGUUGAAGCAGCUGCUUCUGAUUUUCAACGACGUUUCCACAUUAGUGUGGAUGAAUCGGAUUCUGGUCGACCUCCAGUCACCCCUAGAUCGGAUGAAGACACAUUACCGCCAAAUUGGUCAAUGCAGGUGGCACCAAAUGGUAGAACUUUCUUUAUAGAUCAUGCUGCGCGGCGUACGACAUGGAUAGAUCCAAGGAAUGGUCGUGCUAGCCCAAUGCCAAAUCAAACACGACGAGUUGAAGAUGAUUUGGGUCCCUUGCCGGAAGGUUGGGAAGAACGUGUUCAUACAGAUGGACGAGUAUUUUACAUUGAUCAUAAUACUCGCACCACCCAGUGGGAAGAUCCACGAUUAUCUAAUCCAAAUAUUGCUGGCCAAGCUGUACCAUAUUCCAGAGAUUACAAGCAAAAGUAUGAAUAUUUCAAGAGUCAUAUUCGAAAACCGACAAAUGUUCCGAAUAAAUUUGAGAUUCGUAUUCGCCGUUCCUCAAUUUUAGAGGAUUCUUACAGAAUCAUAAACUCUGUGACCAAAACCGAUUUAUUAAAAACUAAAUUGUGGGUAGAGUUCGAAGGUGAAACCGGGUUGGAUUAUGGAGGUCUGGCAAGAGAGUGGUUCUAUUUGCUAUCAAAGGAAAUGUUUAACCCAUACUAUGGACUCUUUGAAUAUUCAGCUAUGGAUAAUUAUACACUACAAAUUAACAAUGGCAGUGGUUUGUGUAAUGAGGAGCACUUAAGUUAUUUCAAAUUCAUCGGUCGUAUCGCCGGUAUGGCUGUAUACCAUGGAAAACUCCUAGAUGCAUUUUUCAUACGUCCAUUUUAUAAAAUGAUGCUGCAAAAGCCAAUUGAUUUGAAAGAUAUGGAAUCAGUUGAUACCGAGUAUUAUAAUUCCUUGAUGUGGAUAAAAGAGAACGACCCACGGCAAUUGGAAUUGACAUUUUCUUUAGACGAAGACACGUUUGGCCAAAAGAGCCAACACGAGCUAAAGCCAGGAGGCUCAAAUAUUGAGGUUACUGACGAGAACAAGGAUGAAUAUAUAAAGCUUGUCAUUGAAUGGCGAUUCGUUGCACGUGUUAAAGAACAGAUGUCAUCUUUUUUGGAUGGCUUUGGCUCAAUAAUUCCAUUAAAUUUAAUUAAGAUAUUUGACGAGCACGAGUUGGAAUUAUUAAUGUGUGGAAUACAAAACAUUGAUGUAAAAGAUUGGCGAGAAAAUACACUCUAUAAGGGAGAUUAUCACCAAAAUCAUAUAAUUAUACAAUGGUUUUGGCGCGCUGUACUCUCCUUUUCAAACGAGAUGCGUUCGCGCUUAUUACAGUUUGUUACUGGCACUUCACGCGUUCCCAUGAAUGGCUUUAAGGAGUUGUACGGUUCCAAUGGCCCACAAAUGUUCACUAUUGAAAAGUGGGGCACUCCUAAUAACUAUCCUCGAGCACAUACCUGUUUCAAUCGUCUGGAUUUACCACCUUAUGAAGGCUACGUCCAAUUAAAAGAUAAAUUAGUAAAAGCUAUUGAGGGUAGUCAAGGCUUUGCUGGAGUCGAUUAAUGUCUCUGGUAGUAGUUGUAAAGUUCCCAAUAGCAACGAAAAAAUCCGCCAUAUAAGAUAAAGUGCGGUGUCGAGGCCUUUUACGCUGACUUGUGUACUUAUUUUUCUGUUUAUUACUACAUAAUAAUAAUUUUACGAACUUCCUGUUAUAAAAAUAUAAAUACCAAAUUAUAUCAAACAAUUUUUGUUUCAAAUACAGAAUCACUAAGCUGAUGAAUAAGAA